AUGAGUCGCUUCCGAGAGUUUCCCUAUCGGGGCAGCCUGCUGCAGCUUCAGAACGGCGCAGUGCAGGAGGUUUUCCACGAGCCCAUCAGCGCCAAGGUGCUGGUCGAGCGCAUGGAGCUGGUGCUGCACAUUGUGAACGAGGCAGCUCGUCUGGUGCCCUCAGGCCGCAUCACCUUCCACUGGUCACAUGCCUGCAAGGAGGUGAAUGUGAAGGGUCAGCAAGCAAUCUUUACAGAUGAAUCUGGGAAUGCAGUGCAUGUGAACUACGAUCUGCUUGUGGGUGCAGACGGGGUGAACAGCAAAGUCAGGGCAGAGCUGCAAAGACAGAUCGCUGGUUUCCGGCAGGAAUGGUUCGGGAAAAUGCACCGCAUCGACAAGUUCUUUCACCGCGUCAAACCCCCAGCAGGCACCCAUCUGGACACCCACAGAGGGGAAUUGGAUGAUUCAGCCACUGUCCUGCGCUUUUACUACAUUGACAGCCCUCCGCCGCUCUCCGUUGGCCUCUUCUUCAUCCAUAACCAUGCAGAUGGCAGCUACUCAGGCGGCAUCUCUUUCACACGGGCGGACUACACGGAUGAGGGCAGUGGCGGCAGCCUCAAGACAGCAGAGGACUUUGAGGCGGCGAUGCGCGGCUUGACCAUGUACCCAGAGGCGAUGAGGCGGGAGAUGGCGGGUCAGUUUGCGGAGCGGCCGUGGUACACGAGCGGGAGCACGCUGGUGCUGUCGCGGCUGACGGCGCCGCGCGCCGUGCUGCUGGGUGACGCCGCGCACGCCGUCUCCGCUGCCUUCGGCCAGGGUGUCAACUCCGCGCUCGAGGCGCGCCUCCGUCCCUCCCCUGCCACAUGGUCCUUCUCACACGCGCUCAUCAUGCGCUGGGAAGACCUGCUAAUGUCUGGCAGUGAUUGUGCGGUGCUGGGGGACAUUGUGUCGGCGGCCCCUGAUGAUCUGGACUGCGCCCUAGAACGCUAUGAGAGGCAGCGCAAGCCAGACGCGCACGCACUGGCCACCAUGGACCACCAGGCGGAGGCGUUUGCAGGCUUCAGGGGGAAGUGGAAUUUGAGCUACUGGAUCUUCCAGACACACCUUGCAGUGAACGGGUGGCACCACCGCACAUGGCCGCAGCACUUUGGCGACCCAAACCUUGUCCCCAUGAUGACGAUUCAGCGCUCGCCCUAUUCUGCCAUCUACAACCGCAUCAAGCGACCCUUCUUCAUCAUCUUGAUCUCUGUCCUGGUGGCUCUGCUGUCCAUUGCCACCAAGCUGCUUCGCGUGCUGGCAGCCCGAUAGAGGGAAGAUAUAGCACAGAGGAAUGGCUGUACGGAUGAUCUCAUGCCCUGAGAAUUGCAGCUGUACUGUGUGCUUUAAAGGAUUGUCGUAGAGUAGAUGGAUUGUACUGGUUGUUCUUGGGAGAAAACUUGGCAUGCAUGAGACUUUGUAUUUUUGUACCAAUGAAUAUGAGUAAGACUGGCUGCUUGUGCAUAUAUUGGAAUGUUGUGCACUGUGACUUGACUCGCCUCUUUGUAUGAUCAACGAAGCUAGACAGCCAUGCGCAACCUUAGGGCAGGUGGGUUUAAAAAGAUGAGCCGAG